AUGGUCCUCAUCAUCGGAGGUGGUGUCAGUGGAUUGAUGACAGCCUGGAUUCUUCUGGAUAGGGGUUAUCGUGUCUCGGUUGCUGCCAAAGAAUGGUACGGGGAGGAUGCAAACAAGGAUGGUUCUAUGUGUUCUCAGACUGCUGGAGCUCUGUGGGAGUACCCCCCAAGUGGUCGUCGCUUGUCAGAGAACCGGGCUCCUGCGGUCGCGUUCCCCGAGCCCGCGCAGGCUCGGUUGUGGGCGAUGCACAGCUUUCUGUUCUAUGAGCACUUAGCCAAGAAAAGUCAGCUGGAAGAGUUCGGAGCCAGAAUGAUCGCACUGUAUCAGUCUUCCCAUCACAGUCAUAAGGAUAGCAGGCAGGGGGCUGACAGCCAAACUCAGGAGAAUGCGCGCGAACACCACAGAAAGUUGCAAGCUAUUGCGCGCCUGGACACCGGGUAUGGAGACUUCCGCGGCAAGUUUAAGGCUGGUUAUCGAAGCCUUCCAUUUGAAGACUGGAAUACAUUCGAGUUUCGAAAAUGGGAGGACGCCCCGAGUGCAACAAACUAUCUUGGCCCAGUUAGGCUGAAAUGA